GCCAAUGAGGUUUACGGUGACGUGUCUCGUGUCGAGCGUGAACUCCUCACUGCUGAGUGAGGCGGAGGCGGUGACGAAGGAAAUCGUCGUGGCCAAUCCACGCGCCAACGUGCAAAGCCUGCGCGCCAUCGUCGCGAUUCAAUUUCGACUGAACGUUGUCGCCUUCGAAUUCCGCUUUGACCGCCGGCAGGCGGCAAAGUCGGCGGCAGCAGCAGCGGCGACGGAGGCCACCGCGGAACCCGUCCCGGCAUCGUCCUCGGCCGACAGCGCCGCUCCUCCAGCGGUGGACUUUAGUGACGAGCGAAAGUUGCUGAUGGAGUGCGGGCUGGCGGAUGGGGAUCACCUGACGGUGGUGCCGAAAAAUUAUCGGCCGUCUGCGGAUGUGGCGAUGGGAGCGGAGGUGGCGGUCACGGUGGCAGACGGCAGAGCGGCGAAGAAGCCGCGCACGGAGGAGGGAGAGGAGGGAGGUGAGGGGGAGUUGGGCGACGGUGAUGAAGAAGAAAGCUUGAGAGAAGAGGACUCCGACUCCGACUCCGACGCUGAUAGCGCGGAACAUGCAGCGCAGAACGACUUGUUCGAGGCCCUCCGCGACGUCGUGCCGGAUCUCACUGUCCUCCGCAACGAGUUCCUGGCCAACCCUCAAGCGGUGAUGGAGCGCAUCGAGCGCAACCACGCCUCGCUUUUUCAGGUCAUCACACAGAACCAGGAGACUUUCAUUAAUCUUAUGAACAACGAGCAGCUUACAAAGGCGGCGCAGAGCAUGCUGCACGGCGGGCCCGCGCUGGGCGGCAGCGGCGACUCCGGCGACGAGGAGAACUCGCUAGAGUGGUCGAUGGGCGAGGAGGAUGAGGAGAUGGAUGAGGAGACGGAGGCGCAGAUGAACGCGCUGUUUCAGAACUACAUCGCCUCGGGUGGUGCGGGCGGCGACUUCGAUGCGGCGGACCUCGCCGCCUUGGAGGCGAGUGGGAUGGAAGUGGGAGAUGUGGACGAGGCGGAGGGGGAGGAGGGCGGCUCCGCGACGGCGGGGGGCAGCGCGAGGAAGUCGGAGAAGGACUUCCUGUUGUCUCGCGUUCCGUCGGAGGAGGACGAGAAGAAGAUUCAGGCGCUCACAGAGCUUGGGUUCACGUACGAGCAGUGCAAGGUGGCGUUCUACAUGUGUCACCGCAGCAUUGAUCGAGCAUCAAACAUGCUUUUUGAGGCCCCACCUGAGCUGUAG